UUUAUUUUCGCAGGCUGUUUAAAGAAAUCUCUUUUUUGCUUUUUUUAUUUUUUUUUUCUCUAAUUUAUUUUAAAUUUUUCGCUCAAAUUAUUCCCCCGAAAAAAAAAAAAAAAAAAAAAAACUCUUUCUUCUAUCUUUUCGUUCCUUUCUCUGUCUUUGUCUCUCUCUCUCUCUCUCUCUCUCUCUCUGUGUUUUUGUUUUUGGCUUUGGUGUCAAUAAUGGCGUCGGUGGUACCGGAAACCCUAAGCAGAGAGCAGUACGUGUACAUGGCGAAGCUGGCGGAGCAAGCGGAGCGGUACGAAGAGAUGGUGAAAUUCAUGGAGAAGCUGGUGGUGGGGUCCAGUCAACCAGGGGUGUCGGAGCUGACGGUGGAGGAGCGGAAUCUACUAUCGGUGGCGUACAAGAACGUGAUCGGGUCGCUGAGGGCGGCUUGGAGGAUCGUGUCGUCGAUCGAGCAGAAAGAGGAGAGCCGCAAGAACGAGGAGCACGUGACGCUGGUGAAGGAUUACAGAUCCAAGGUGGAGCUGGAGCUCUCGGCUGUCUGCGCUGGAAUCCUCGGACUCCUCGACUCCCAUCUCAUCCCUUCGGCUUCCACCAGCGAGUCUAAGGUCUUUUACUUGAAGAUGAAAGGUGAUUACUAUCGUUAUCUGGCUGAGUUCAAGGUUGGGGAUGAGAGAAAAUCUGCUGCUGAGGAUACCAUGUUGGCUUAUAAGGCUGCCCAGGAUAUUGCACUAGCUGAUCUAGCUCCUACACACCCUAUAAGGUUGGGCUUGGCGCUUAACUUCUCGGUGUUUUAUUACGAGAUUCUCAAUUCCUCAGAGAAAGCCUGUACCAUGGCAAAACAGGCAUUUGAGGAAGCUAUUGCCGAACUCGAUACACUGGGUGAAGAAUCCUACAAGGACAGCACUCUUAUCAUGCAACUGUUGAGGGACAACCUCACUCUUUGGACUUCAGAUAUGCAGGAGCAGAUAGAUGAGGCUUGAGUGAUGGAAUUGUCAUGCUCCUGGAGGGAGGUGGGCUUGAAUGUCAUAAAUAUUCUGUAAUCUGAUGUUACCAGCUACAUUGAUGUUCUUAUAUGCUUGACAUGAACUCAUGUUGAUAUUUUCUCUUUUCUUUUUUGUUUUUUUCUUUCCUUUUUUUUCUUUUUUUUUUUUUUCUCUGGGUUAAACAGAGUUUACUCAUCAUAAUUAUAGUAUUGUUCUUGCUCAA